AUGUCGACAUUGAAAUUUCCAGCAGAAGAGAAGGCGAAGGUUGAUAAGUUCGUCACUCAGUCGCCCAACUCAAUGUAUCUCUUUGAUGCUCCCCACCGAGGCGCGAAGAUCGCCGAGCUAUGUAGAGGUUCCGGUCCUCUCGGUAGUAAUCGCAAAGAUAACUGUAUCUCAGUCGCUAUAGAAAGCCGGCAUUUAUUCGAAUACAUGCAGAAACUUGGGUUUUUCUGCCAAUUGCCUUUCGAUCCAUCAAGGACUGAAAUUGAAUGCCGAAGAAUAGAAAUGGUCACUGGCAUGCCCCUUGACCCCAACCCUACCCAUUGA